AUGGCAUCUGCAGUAAGUCGUGAUCAGUUUUCUCAAAAGUUAGAAGCUUUAAUCGAAAGUAAACGAGAAGACAAUUGUUUCUAUUUUUCUCAAGAAAGGUUUAAAGUAAAUUCUGCUAAAAGUAAGUGCAGUACACCUCUGGACUACAGGCAUUUAAAACGUUUUGACAUAUUAAAAAUCACGGAGCCAUCACUGUGCUAUCAUAAUUUGAUUGGCUACGUAUUUGACAAUAGCGAAGAAAGAGGAGCAUUCGAUUCUUUGGAAAGGGAAGAUGUUCAAGAACAAGAUAUAACAUUGAUUGAACAAGCAGAUGAUGCGGAUGCCUUCGCAGAGGAGGUGCUCUCGGCGGCAGUAUCACCGACAGGGGUUUUGGAGCAUAUCAGCACGCCAAGCCACUCUAGAAGCUCUCCAAGGGUGAGCAUGACAAGUGCUCCCCAAAAAAGGAAAAGGAAAGGAGAGGAUACAGAUCUUAUGGGGGAGGUCAAAAGUAUCUUGCAACAUAUUUCCCAAAGACUGGGACAAACCAGGGAGAAAUCCUCUAACCAGAUCUUUGGGGAAUAUGUUGCCUCAAAGCUUGACCGAAUAACGGACAGUGAGAUAGGAGAUGAGGUUGAAGCUGAAAUUCGUCCAAGUAGUGCUGAAGAAUGGAAAAAACUAGCAGAUGACUUCUACAUCAUGUGGAAUUUCCCUUUCUGCCUAGGAGCUUCAGGUGGCAAACAUGCUGAUUUUGAAGCUCCUAAAAGUGUAGGCUCGUUUUAUUAUAAUUAUAAACGACGAAAGAGCAUAGUUCUCCUGGGACUAGUAGAUGCCAACUAUAAGUUUUUGUAUGUUGAUGUAGGCGUAAAUGGCAGGGUUAGUGAUGUUUUUAGAGAAAGCAGUCUCAGAAAGGGAAUUGACAGAAACAUUCUGGACUUUCCAGAAGAUUCCUUUCUGCCAAACAGUAAUAUCAAGAUUCCAUAUGUAAUAGUUUGUGAACAUGCCUUCCCACUGACCAAAAAAACUAUUAAGCCGUAUCCUCAACGUGGAUUAUCCAAUGAAAAACGAAUUUUCAACUAUCAUGUAUCAAGACCAAGAAGAACUGUUGAGAAUGCCUUUGGAAUCUUAGUCAGCAGAUUUUGA